UGUUAUCUUUCUAGGCCUAGCACGCCUCUCCCAUUCUUUUCCAUUUACUUCUCAUAUUCCUUUACUGUUUCCUUUUUUUAAUAUAAAAAUAAAUCGUCAACUCUCUCUGUCUCUUUUUUUCUUUCUCUUUUUGGUCUCUAUUGCAGUCUUUCUUGAAUCAUUCCUCGUCCCUUGCCGCCACCCUUCAUGUUUUUCCUCUGUUCCAAAAUUUCCCCACAAAUAAAAACCAAAACUUUCUUUUUAAUUUCAUCUCAAUUAAGCCUAAUUCAUUUGAAGAAAAUUGAAGAUGGAAGAAUGGUUGAAGAUUACUUUUGUAGCAGUCUCAGGUGGAGUUCUUGUUUUAAUUAUGAUCACAAUAAUUUAUAGAAGAUGUUGUCCAAGAAAGCCUAGAGAAUCAUCAAAUUCAGAAAGAAAUCAGAAUUCGCAAAAUGGGAUUUCAAAACUUCACCAUGUAAGUCUUCAACAUCUUAAUCGUGAUGGUACAAAGAAAACAAAUUAUUAUGUUUUCAAGCAAGGUGCAACAUCAACUAAGACUUUUUUCAAUUGGUCUGAUCAUCCAUCACUAGUAACUGAUGCUGUUGAAAAUGGAUGGUCAAGAUUUGCUUUCACAACGUAUGCUCCAUCACCAUCCGUUAGAUCAGCUAGGUCCCUUUUAGGAUCAUGUGCUGUUGGCGAAAAUGGAAGUGAAUUAUUUGAGGUUGACACAAGUUGGGAAAUUUGCCAAGGGUCAGCUGAUUUUAUGCAGAAAAUUCAAUUCAAUUGUGGGGUUAGAAAACUAAGCAAAAGUUCUAAUUUAAUGUCAGCUUCAUCUGUUAUUAAAACAUCUUUGCCUUUACCAGGACCACCUUUGGGAAAUUCAUCAUUUCCUCAAGAAGCUUAUUUUGAGAUUACUAUUUUGCCUAGUCAUGAAGAUAAUCUUGAAAUUAUGGGAAAGGCAAAAGAAGAUAAAUUAGAUUUGGAGAAAAUUAAGCUUAUUAGAGAGGAUUCUUCCAAUUCAAAAGCCAAUUCAGAAUCUUUGGUUCAUGUUACAAGUAGCCAUAAAAAAAUUCAAGAAUCAAAGGAGAAUUUCAAAAGUGAUCAGUUCAUUGUGUUAUCAAUUGGGCUAACAAGUGGUGGUUCUCUUCCACUUAAGCUUCCAGGCAGCUAUCCAGGUUCCAUUGGAUUUAACUCAAAUGGUUCUGUUUUUCUUGAUGGAAUGAAACUAGUGUUUGAAUCACAAAGAGAAGAGUGGGGAAAAGCAGAAAAGGUUAUUGGUUGUGGUUACAAUCCAAGCCAAAAGAAGGUGUUUUUCACAGUAGAUUCACUUCUAGUGCACGAAAUCCGUUGCAAAUCAGAAGACUUUGGAAAUCCACUUUACCCAACUUUAGCAUCAAAUGGCAACAUUGCUGUACUAGUAAAUCUUGGACAAAGUGUAUUCAGAUAUCCACCAGCAAAUUUACAAAGGACACCAAAUCCUUGCUUCAUUGGUCCUAUGGCAAAUAAUUCACCAGUUCUUGGAUAUGAAGACAGUAAAGAACUUUUCUCAAUGGGUAGAAUUGAUGCACAGUGGCUCAACAGAAGUAGUAUUUAUACAAGAAGCAAUAACAACACUGUCAAUAGUUUGAAACAAGUACUAGAUUAUGAUAUGGAGUCUGAAGGUGAUUUAUUUGAAAUUGUCUUGGAUAGUAAUAGUUCUACAAGAUCUCCCAACCCUUUGUAGCAUAAAAAAAAAGUAUCAAAUCAAACAUCAUAUUUUGUACAUGUUUUUUUAAAAGGUUGUAUGAGACAUUUAGAUUGUUGGUUCCAAUUUUAUUAUGUGGAUCCAGCAGACAAUCAAGGGCAUUAAAGAAGAUAGUCCCCUGUCUACUGAAUUCAUUUCAUUUGUUAAUUUUUUUAUUGUAACAGUAAAUUCACUAAACUAAAAAGAUAUUGUACACUAAUUGCUUCGUGAUUUCAUUAAUGAUGCUAUUCUUGAAAAGACUUUGUCUUUAGUAAAAGCCAUUUUUGGUCAAUAUAUGAGCCAAAUUUAAGAAGUUAGAAGACAUGUCAAAUUUCAGAGGCUUCAACCUAA